UACAAUCGCAGCACGACCCUGCAGAGAGGUGGCGACGUUUCGCAGAAGUCCUCGUCCAUGCAGUGGAUGCAGGCGACCGACGGAGCUGCGGGCGCUGAGUCGACCAGGGAUGCAAACCCCCCUCCGCCGCCGAUCCGGGGCGGGGAACAGCCCUGGGCACCCCCCCAAGGGAGAUGCGCGUGCCAGGUGCCCGCGUACCGCCGCGAGUGACGCUGCAUGUGCCCAGCGGAGCUCGCCAGCUCCUUCGCUUCUAUGGCGGGGAACGGGACGUCGAUGAGCAAGCAGAGGCUACGAGGCUCGCGCCCCCCCGCGACCUCAAGGUGCGCGUUCUGCCCACCCUGGUGGUGGUCACAUGGUCAGACCCCAUGCAUGAGGCGGGGCCCGCGGGAGCGGACAAGAGCAAGCGCUUCUACACCGUUCGCUACCGGCAAAUGACGCCUGCUGCGGCAUGGUACUACCAAACGGCGAUGGCGCCGCGCGUGAUCAUCACCCAUGUGACACCAGGGACGCACUACGAAAUAUCGGCACGCGUUUCCGAAGGAGAGAAGGACGGGCCGUGGUGUACGCCUGUGAUGACACGCACGUACGCACGAGCACAUCCCGAGGAGGACCAUUCCAUGAGCUCGGCAAACCAGCAGACCGAGAGACGUGGGCUGCGUCCCUCGGAGUGGACUCACAAACAGGCGCUGCCCGGACGCGGCGAAAGGCUCCAGCAGCGUCGCAGGAAUGAGAAAGUGACGCCAACGCAACGGCGCACGGAGGCGCACGGGGCCAACCUUGGGCCACCGCCGCUCAUGGAAUUUCCCGCUCCCACCACCGGUCCAAGUCCCGCGCAGCCCGACGGCUCGACGGGUCACCUGUGGCUGAUUGACACGGAACAAAACCUCCUGUUUACAAAAGACGGAAAUGUGGUGUAUGACGACAAAGGCCUUCCCAUUAGGCUGUGUGUGGCUGAGGAUGGGCACACAAUCAUCUUCCCGUGUGCAGCGGAAGCCCGGCAGCCCGUGCUGACGCGCGCAGGCACGCUCGUCGCCGGAUUCGACGGCCGAGCGGCCGGCGACGGAAAUAAAACCGGGCCAAGCCACUCGGAGUCUGAGAGAGGCCUCCUCCGUGCCGCCGGCGUCGUCCUGCACGCGAGCGCCCGGCUUGCCACCCCGGGCGGUCGCGCGGAGGACGACGGCGGCGGCGGCGGCGGUCGGCACACGGCACCGGCCGUAGCGCUAGCGCCAGGGUCGGAGUUCGUCGAUGGAGACGAAGGCAGUGUAUCGGACGGUGUGGCGGUGGGCUACGGAACGGCUCCACGGGAGACGGAGGAGGGCGCUGCGGACGGCUCUCCACCCUCAGAGCCACGUGUGAAGUUGCUGAAGAAGGAAGCGGGGUCACUCUGUUCCAUCUCCGAUGCUCUCGAGCAGAUCCAGAACCAUUUGGAAACCAAGAAAAACAUUCAGCUUUCAAGAACCUUUAGGUAUUUAAGGGACACAAAAAUAGAAGAGAGCUCUGGAAAAGUAACGAUUGCUGGCACGAUGGGAGCACAGCCAAUCGAGCCUAUAGUCGUGGCUGUUGAAGGCUGCCCCUCCUUCGUGGUCUUGGAAUGGAGCCCCGAGGAGAUGCCUCCUGGGGAGACGGACAAUGGCAGUGCUACCGGUUACGUGGUCCAAGUAGCGAAUUCAUCAGGGAUGAACCAACACAGAUGGCUCACAGCGGGAUUCACCAACAGCAGUUUUCUCCCAGUGGAGAACCUCCAACCCAACGAGAAAUACUUCUUCAAAGUUAAAAUCGACAGCCAAUCAAAGCCUGAGGUCUCCUCGAAUAUUGUGACGUUUGUCACCGGAUCAGAGAGCAAGGAAGUUGCUGACAAGUCUGCAGGAAUGUCAUCCGUGUGGACCCCAUUUGCAUUCCAUGCGGAUCCCGGCGCACCCAGCGCCUGCGUCGGGAAGCGCUACGUGAAGCGCACACUGCAGAACAAGCUCGUGGGCGUGUCGCUGUGCAACUCCCUCCGCUACAAGAUCUACCUGGGGGAAGACCUCCGGGGCACGUUUUAUGCCUUGGGAGAUGCUGACGGACGUGGUGAGGACCACUGCGAGUUUGUGGACUCCCCGUGGGAUGGGAAAACGGGACCAUUGCAGCCACUGGAUAACCUCGCAAGCAUAGACGGGUACCAUCGCAGCAAGAGGCAGCAGAGGCUGACCCGAGGCGUGUUGGGGCCCGAGUCCGGGCUGUACCACGCGGACUGGUACGAGUGUGGGGUCGCCAUCCCUGGCGCCUGGUGACGACGGUGGGAGAGCGGGCGUCGUGUCUGUGUGCCGUCUGAUCUACAGCGACUUUGACUCAAGAUAUAUUUUAACGGUACGCAUGUACUCAUGUAUACGGUCCAGCGUAAUGAAUUUCGAACCGUGUAUAAAUCUAUCAAGGACCUUUCCUGCAUUCUCAUUCCAUUGUUAUUCUGCUUUGUCUCAUAAAAUAAUAUGUUUCACUUGCGAAUCUGUUUAUUUUACAAAACCGCAAAUGGCAUUGCGUGGCCACUUCACUAAGCAGCGGUACAGCCACAUUAUUGUCCCACCUCCAUUCCCACAUGGCCGUACCACGGUGAUGUGUUGUAUGACAUGAGCUGCUUUGUAAAAAGCUGUAGGGAGUGCCGCAGUGGAGAGCCUAAUCCUCUGCCACUGGGAGUCUGAACACGCCUGCAUGUUGUUCGCAGGUUCGAUCCCGAUUCUGACGCAUGUAUAUUUGGAGUUUGAUUUUCUCCCCGUGGUCUGGUUAAUUUUCCCUCCACAUUUAGAGACGCGCGUUUAGAGUAUUUGGCUGCUAUACAUUUCCACAUGAUCAGCCACUUCAUUGAGCUGUGAUCCGUGGGCAGUUCGCUUGUGUAAAAGAGCUACAUAGUUCAGUGGGCCUUUACCUGGUGAAAUUAAAAAAAACCUUAUUAGUAAUCGUCUAUCUGUGCCCAAGCCACGUGGAAGUGCUGCCACCUGCUGAAUCUUUCGGUAAUAGCAGCCCAGCCAGUCGGAGAGUGGAGUGGCCGAGACUACAGCUGCACGUAGGGGCAGGCACAUUGUGGUCGAUUACAGCAUGGCCAUUGUUUGUUAUGGCUUCAACUGCAAACACAUCUGACGUGGUGCCAUCGCAUUUCAAUCCCGGAAUCAUUAGGUUGGUUCUCUGUGUCUUUUGUGUGUCCAAUUUAAUUCGCUUUCUUUGUAUUAUACACUUGCAACGUUGUGCAUGAAAAAUGCAUAGAUAUGCAAAUUAGUUGCAUUCCUCUUGAUCUACACACAGCUGUUUGUUUUGCCUAUGAUGUUGCUCCCUUCUAAUAAUAAUCAGAAGGUGGAGUGUUUUGCAGCUAAUUCCAACAGUGUGCAUUCUAUGUUGUUGUACCGGACAGUUGCAGUACGUAUCUUAUCAUUGCAUAAAAUAAAAAUGUUCAUGCAGCAUA